AUGUUAUCAUCUUAUCUUGAUAUACCACCGCCACCUGAACGGCCAUUACGUUUUAAAACCAAAGAACAAAUUGAACAUUAUCUUAAAGCUGUAAAAGAUUAUUAUGAUGCAUUUAAAAUUAAACUUGUUCGUCGACAAGAUGCUUUUAAUGAUGUCUAUUCAAAUAUGGAUAAAUCAAUAAAUGAUGAAGAAUUAAAUGAUCAAUAUUAUUUAUUGGAAAAAUUAUCUAAUACUUACAAGCAAAAUCAACCAUCAAGAAAUUUACUUAGAGGACGACCAAGAAAAAGUGUUUUUUAA